GUUAGACGUAUCCAAACAUAUCUCAAAUUUUCACUUCUCAAGUUUAAUUUUUAAAGAUGCAACUAUUUAAAUGUUCGAUUUUAAUAUUGUUUUACGUGGUGAGUAAUGCAUAUUCUCAAAAUUUCGAAGAUAAAAAUGAUAAUAAUGACAAAAACCACACUUUCUACUACACAACAACCAGAGAAGGCACAUGCAUAAAAAUCUACUAUACAGGAGAAGCUUUCUAUAAAGUAUACUGCUUUGAACAUUUAAAAACUCAUAACGACACCUUAGGCAUCAUCACAUCCAAGAACGAUACCAUCCUGUAUAAAGGGUACGGCCGACAUUCCGAAUGCUUUGACAUAUACAAAUCAAAAUCGAAAGAUAAAACGUCAAUAUGUCUAAAUGUAACGAAAAACAACUGCAUUGAUGAUGUAACUGAUGAACCUCGUAGAAGCGUUAAGAAAAUACAAGAAAUCCCGUGUAAAAUUAAUCAAAAUUUUACUUUUUUGGCUUUUCAUUUGGGGAAGUUAAACGCCAUCUUCAGAUGCGUGACGUAUUCUCUAGAAACCCCAAAUCUGUCAAUGUCGGCAGAUAAAGACGAUUCUAUACGAGUAAGAUACUGUUUUAAUAGAAAGAUCGUCCCAGAAGGCAGCAAAAACGACAAACUUUGGGAUACCGGUUUAAAAAUAUUGGAUAAGUUCCUAAAACCCAAGGGAACAAGUCUCUUAAACGGUUCAACUACCCCAGCUCCUUCUACAAGUUAAAGAUAAAUAAGAAUUUUAUAUAAUAAAUCGCUUUGCAAAUUGUCAGUUAUUUUAAUAAAUAAUAAUUAUUAAUAUAUGGCGCAGAGAAAAUUUUAAAGGUAAAAAAUAUAUUUAAUAUUUUAAAAUUGUUAUAUAUUUGUGGAAAAUCAUGUAAUAAAUUUGUAUAAUAGAAUUA